AUGAUAUACUCGAGCUUCGCCCUUCUACUUUCGGCUUCUCUUGUGGCCAGCGUCGAACUGGUCAUUUCACCUUCUUGUGGAACUCUGUAUGGCACAGUGGGCGACCUCAAUUCCGGGCUUGGCUCGCUGAGUUCAUAUUCUACGAUCGUUGCUUUUGGGGACGGAUACACCGACGGCGGCAAGCAAGAUGGCACAACGCUCGACGAAGCCGUACAAGAAGACUCUCUGGACCCCAAGGCUGGUGGAAGAAUGUCCAAUGGUCCUGUCUGGGUAGAGUAUCUGGCCUCGGACAUCAAUGCAACAAUCAAGGAUUACGCGGUUACAAAAUCAGUAGUCGAUGAUACGCAAUAUCCCAGUUUUAAGUCAGCUCUGGAUGAGAGAGACUUCCUGUAUCAAGGAAACCUAGUUAUCUCCUCUACAGGCAAGCCCGAUAGCGAUACCACACUGUUCAUCAUCUUCCACGGUAUGGAGGACUUCCUUCUUGCUGAUGCCUCAAGCUUCCCGACCACGGCCGGCAAUAUCCUCUAUGAGUUGAUUAAGCUUGCCGACUCCCCAUUGUAUGCCAAAAAUAUCUUGGUCGUCGACAAUUAUGGCCGGGGCAACGUGACAGAUGAAGGCGAGAUCUUUAAACAAGACCUCUUCGACGGCCUCGGUAGUUUGACCAAGUUAUUCACGGAUGUGAAUGUUGGCUUUAUCAACUUCGAGAAUCUCUGGACUGCGAUCCUCGGUUCGGAUCCAGGGUACGAGGCAUUUGGGUACCAGAGCUCAGGCGCCUGUACCGUCAACGAGACCACAACUGUAGGCCAAUGCAGCGAUCCCGACACCACUUUCUAUUACAUCCCACAGUAUCCAUCUACCGUUACCCAUCGUCUGAUGGCUGACUACGUGAAGGCGGUCUUUGAGACAUGCGUCUGA